UAUUGCACAUAAGAGGUAAUUUUAACACGGUCAAAGGCAUUUGUAGGUGAACAAUCAUAAGCCGGAACGUAGAUAUAAGCAAUCGACACCAACAGGUAUUCUUCAAACAACACAUUGUUAGUUGUUGGUUAGGUACAUCAGUCCACAAUCAUGAGUAGUUUUUCAGUCAUUAUUUAUCUUACAUUUUUGGUCUUUUGUUGUGGUUCUUGUUUUUCCUGGUCUUCAACAGUACAGACAACAGAAUCAAACACAGCCCUGACUUCAGCUGAAGGACCAAGUUUAGCAGAUAUUUACAAAAUUAUUGAUUCGUAUGAUUUAUCUAAUCUUAUAAAUAGUUAUGGGAAUCCAGAAAAUGAAACUGCUACAUUUGAAGGAAGAAAGAAAAAACCUAAACCUGGAAAAAUGAUGAUGAUGAUGGGUGCAACAGCAGCUAUGAGUAUGAUGAUGAUGAAAGCUGGUGCUAUAAUAAAAUUGUUCAUCAUCCAUUCGUUUCUUGCCAAGAAAUUGGUUGUCAUUAUAGCAGCUUACUUACUUUUGUGUAAGAUGAUGGAAAUGAAACAAACUAAACCCCAAAAAAGUACCAUUAAAUGGAUAGCAUCACCACCUUCACAUGAUGAGCCCCCAAUGCAUAUGAUGCAUCAUCCAGUUCAAGAACCAUCUUAUGAGCCCCAUCAAGAGCAACAAGCUCCACAGCCAGCAGAUCAGUAUGGUCCUCCUCAACUAUCAGAUCAAUAUGGUCCUCCACAACAAUUUAUGCCAUCUGGAAUGAGUGACUAUGGGGCCAGUAGCAGUGGUGGUGGCGGAGACUUGCAAGGACAUUACUCUCAUAUAAGCCCAGUAACAUAUAGACCAGGUAUCAAUCGUAAUCAGCAAGACAAAAAAAAUAUUGGUCGCAGACGCAAAUGAUAUAAACAAAUUACUUAAAAGGUAUUAAUUUGUUAAAACUCUUAUUUAUAAAAAAGGUAAGAGCAAUUAUUAAACAUAAUGAUCUUAAAACUAUAUCAUAAAUAAGAUCUUGUAAUUUAUUUAUUUAUUUUAUAUAACUAAGAUUUGAGGCUGUUAAUAUGUUAUUCAAACAUAUUUAUGUAUUUAUUUUGAUAAUAUUCAAAGUUAAAAAUAAAAUUUCCUACA